UUAAACUUUAUAUUCUACAUAGUACAUACUCUGUUUUACUUUUACUAAAUUAAAAUGAAAAUGGUUUCGGCUGAACGUAACUUAAUAACUUUAACAAUGGUUCUCUUUGCCAUUACUUCUUAUGCACAAGGCGACUUUUUAGAUGACUGUACACAAACAUUAACAUUUCUUGGAUAUACUGGAAAAUUUUCUGAUGAUACACGUUUGGAUAUAACGAAAGACUCGGUACAAGCUAAAUAUAACGCAAAUAAUCACGAUAUUAAAAACAAAUAUAAUGAGGAAACAAUGUAUGCAAUAGGGUUUUAUUAUUUAAUGGUUUUACCUACGGUACCUAAUGCUGCUAAUUGUAUUGAAGAAGUCUGCAGUACACUCAACGCUAUGAAUAUGAAAGAUGGAGAUGGAAGUGCAUUGGUCUAUGUUAAAAAAGCAGCACAACUACCUAAUGCUGCUAAAAAAUAUUUUUAGUUAGUCA